AUGGGAGCUUUUGCAUCGAGGUUUUGGUUUAUGAUGUUUCCUGCAAAAGAGUAUAAGAUCAUUGUUGUUGGUUUAGAUAACGCUGGUAAAACGACGACGCUUUAUAAGCUUCAUUUGGGUGAAGUUGUUACUACUCAUCCUACUGUUGGUAGCAAUGUCGAAGAGCUUGUUUAUAAAAAUAUCCGCUUCGAGGUCUGGGAUCUUGGUGGGCAAGAUAGGCUGAGAACAUCAUGGGCAACAUACUAUAGAGGAACGAAUGCUGUAAUCGUGGUUAUCGAUAGCACAGACAGAGCAAGAAUAUCUUUAAUGAAAGAUGAGCUCUUCAGAUUACUCGGACACGAGGACCUUCAGAACUCGGUCAUACUUGUGUUUGCAAACAAACAAGACCUGAAAGACGCUAUGAGCCCUGUUGAAAUCACGGACGCACUUAACCUUCACAGUAUCAAGAACCAUGAUUGGCAUAUUCAAGCAAGCUGUGCAGUCAGUGGAGAAGGAUUGCAUGAUGGGCUUGGUUGGAUUGCGCAAAAAGUUAGUGAUAAAGCUCCAAGUUAA